CGCCGCGGCCCCGCCCCCGGGAGAGGGGGGAGGGGAGGACCGGCAGCGGGCGGGGCGCGGACCGCGGCGGGGACUGCGGGCAACAUGGCGGCGGCGGCGGCGGCGGUGGCGGCCUUGGCCGUGGCCCUGUCCCUGUCCCUGUCCCGGGCCGAGCAGGUGCCGCUGCUGGCCUGGUCCAGCCGCAGCUCCCUGUGGCCCCCCCUGGCCGACAGCUACGAGGGGCAGGUGGUGACGGAGGGGCAGCUCCGGGCCCUGCUGGCCCCCGCCCUGGAGCGGGGCCCCCACAACGUCCUCCUCUUCCUGCAGGAGAAGCUCAGCGUCGAGGACUUCACGGCCUACGGGGGGGUCUACGGCAACAAGCCCGACAGCGCCUUCCCCAACCUCGAGGCGGCGCUGGGGGGGGCCCCGUCGUCCCUGGUGCUGCCGGCGGUGGCCGGGGGGGCGGCGGGGGCCCUGCCCCGAAUGCUGGCCCAGGCGCUGGGGGCUGCCCCACUGCGGGUGGACGGGGCCGCCCUGCGCCAGCUGCGCCUCAACGCCAGCCUGCCCGCCCUGCUGCUGGUGCGCCUGCCCCACACCGCCGGCUCCAGCCUCAUGGCUCCCAAGGAGGUGCUGACCAGCAACGACGAGAUCAUGGGGCAGGUGCUGAGCGCCCUGAAGGAGGAGGACGUGCCCUACACGGCCCUGCUCACCGCCCUGCGGCCCUCCCGCGUGCGUAGCUGCCCCACGGCGCGGCCCCAGCCCCACGGCGCCCCACAGAGCCUCGCGGCGCUCAGCCUGCUCCCGUGGGGUCCUACGGCCUCCCAGCCCCACAGAACCCCCGGCCCAGCCCCACGGCGCCCCACAGAGCCUCGCGGCGCUCAGCCUGCUCCCGUGGGGUCCUACGGCCCCCCAGCCAGCCCCACGGAGCCCCCGGCCCAGCCCCACGGUGCCCCACAGAGCCUCGCGGCGCUCAGCCUGCUCCCGUGGGGUCCUACGGCCCCCCAGCCAGCCCCACAGAGCCCCCGGCCCAGCCCCACGGCGCCCCACAGGACUCUGCAUGGCCCCCCGGCUCUGCCCCACAGCUCCCCCGGGCCCUCCCUGCCCUCCCGUCUGCCCCCACGACCCCCGGCUCUGCCCCAUGGCCCCCCGGCUCUGCCCCCCGGCUCUCCCGGCGCCCCCUGCCCCCCCGGCCGCCCCCCAGCCCCCCAGCUCUGCCCCAUGGCCCCCCGGCUCUGCCCCCCGGCUCCCCCGCCCCCCCUGCCCCCCCGGCCGCCCCCCAGCCCCCCAGCUCUGCCCCCCAAGCCUCACGCCGGCCCCGGCCGCCCCCCAGGUGCUGCGGAGGCGGCGGGGGCGGCGGCGGGGCCGGGCCGGCAGCUGCUGCAGCGGGAGGAGGCCGGGGGGGCGGCGGAGACGACCCCCCCGCUGCGCUGGCCCCCCACCGGCACCCCCCGCAUCCUGCUCUGGGCCCAGAACUUCACCGUGGGCUACGAGGGCCGGGAGCAGGACCUGACGGCCCGCACCUUCGGGCCCGGCGCCUCCGUCGACCUGGGGGGCUCCUCCUGGGACCCCGAGGAGGCCAGGCUGGUGAUGAAGUACGACGGCGUUUUUGAGGAGACGCUGACCAUCACGCUGGUGCUGCGGCAGGCGCUGUUCCCGGUGUCGGGGCGGCGCUGGGGGUGGCUGGCGGAGGUGGGGGUGGCGCUGGGGGGGGCCCCGCGCGGCACCUUCGCCGGCUCGGGGGGGGCGGCGGCCCCCACCCCGCUGGGCUGGCGCUGCGGGCGCCUGGCGGCCCCCGGGCCCCUGCUGCUGCCCCCCAGCCCCAGCGACCCCGCUGCCCGCUGGCGCCUGCUGCUGCGGGGGCUCCAGGUGCAGGCGUUCAACGUGACGGGGGUGGCGUUCGGGGCGGCGAGCGACUGCGCCGGGUUCUUUGCGCCGGGCGUGUGGAUGGGGCUGCUGACGGGCGCCCUGCUGCUGGGCGGCCUGGCCUACGGCCUGCACAUGCUGCUGGGGCUGCGCACCAUGGACCGCUUCGACGACCCCAAGGGGCCCGCCAUCGCCGUGCCCCAGGCCGACUAGCGGGGGGCCGCCCCACGGCGAGCCCGGGCUGCCCCACGGCGAGCCGGAGCCGCUUGCGGCUGCCCCGCGGGGAGCCGGAGCCGCUUGGCGCUGCCCCAUGGGAGCUCUGUUCCUUGGGGGCUGCCCCACGGCGAGCCCGGGCUGCCCCACGGCGAGCCGGAGCCGCUUGCAGCUGCCCCGCGGGGAGCCGGAGCCGCUUGGAGCUGCCCCACAGCGAGCUCUGUUCCUUGGGGGCUGCCCCACGGGGAGCCGGAGCCGCUUGGCGCUGCCCCAUGGGAGCUCUGUUCCUUGGGGGCUGCCCCACGGCGAGCCGGAGCCGCUUGCGGCUGCCCCGCGGCGAGCUCUGUUCCUUGGGGGCUGCCCCACGGCGAGCCGGAGCUGCUUGCGGCUGCCCCGCGGGGAGCUCUGUUCCUUGGGGGCUGCCCCACAGCGAGCCGGAGCCGCUUGGGGCUGCCCCAUGGGAGCUCUGUUCCUUGGGGGCUGCCCCACGGCAAGCCGGAGCCGCUUGCGGCUGCCCCAUGGGAGCUCUGUUCCUUGGGGGCUGCCCCACGGCGAGCCCGGGCUGCCCCACGGCGAGCCGGAGCCGCUUGCAGCUGCCCCGCGGGGAGCCGGAGCCGCUUGGAGCUGCCCCACAGCGAGCUCUGUUCCUUGGGGGCUGCCCCACGGCGAGCCGGAGCUGCUUGCGGCUGCCCCAUGGGAGUGCCAUUCCCUGGGGGCUGCCCCAUAGGGAGCCUGAGCUGCUUGGGGGCUGCCCUAUGGGCACCUCUGUUCCCUGGGGGCUGCCCCAUGGAGAUCGCCAGCCUGGGGCCUGCCCCAUAGGGAUGGCCAUUCCCGGGGGCCUGCCCCAUAGGGAUCUCCACUCCCUGGGGGCUGCCCUAUAGGGAUCUCCACUCCCUGGGGGCUGCCCCAUAGGGAUGGCCAUUGCCUGGGUCCUGCCCCAUAGGGAUUGCCACUCCCUGGGUCCUGCCCCAUAGGGAUGGCCAUUGCCUGGGGGCUGCCCCACAGGGACCCUGUGCCCUCGGGGGCUGCCCCAUGGGGAUCCCUCGGGGGUCUGAGCCACCCCUCCGCGUGGGGCCUGCCCCACAGAGACCUCCCCCCCGAGGCUGGGGGGCCCGAACCCUCCCUCCGUGCCGUGUGGGGCCGCACUGCCCUCCCUGCCCCACAGCCCCCCCCCCUCCUGUGGGUCUGUGGGGCAGAGGAGUCCUGCCCCAUAGCGGCGGAGGGGACCCCCCCACCCCCUAUUUAUUGCCCCCGUGUGUUGCUGGACAAUAAACCCGCUGCUGCCCCCCA